GUGAGGUCGCCGCUCGUAUGGGUGCUGCUGUUUUUGCAGACUCCUUCCUGCUGCUAAAGCUGUUCCUGUUCCUGGAAGGUGGGGGUGGGGGGAAGAAGAAGAAGAAGAGGAGAGAAAAGAAAGGUUUGCCCUGGCUACCGGCAAGCAGGAAAGAAAAAACGUUGCCACCUUGACUCCUCUACAUGGCAGGGAAUUUCUGGCAGAGUUCGCAUUACUUACAAUGGAUUUUGGAUAAACAAGAUCUGCUGAAGGAACGCCAAAAAGACUUAAAAUUUUUAACAGAAGAAGAAUAUUGGAAACUACAGAUAUUUUUUACAAAUGUUAUUCAAGCUUUAGGUGAACAUUUGAAGCUAAGACAACAAGUUAUUGCCACUGCUACUGUCUAUUUCAAGAGGUUCUAUGCCAGGUAUUCCCUAAAAAGUAUUGAUCCAGUGCUAAUGGCUCCCACAUGUGUAUUUUUGGCAUCCAAAGUAGAGGAAUUUGGGGUGGUUUCAAAUACAAGAUUGAUAUCUGCUGCUACUUCUGUAUUGAAAACUAGGUUUUCGUAUGCCUUUCCAAAAGAAUUUCCUUAUAGGAUGAACCAUAUAUUAGAAUGUGAAUUUUAUCUGUUAGAGUUAAUGGACUGCUGUUUGAUAGUAUAUCAUCCCUAUAGACCUCUACUUCAAUAUGUACAAGAUAUGGGCCAAGAAGACAUGCUGCUGCCCCUUGCUUGGAGGAUAGUGAAUGACACAUACAGAACUGAUCUUUGUCUGCUAUACCCUCCUUUCAUGAUAGCUCUAGCUUGUCUACAUGUGGCUUGUGUUGUUCAGCAAAAGGAUGCUAGACAGUGGUUUGCCGAACUCUCUGUUGAUAUGGAGAAGAUCUUAGAAAUAAUCAGGGUCAUUUUGAAACUGUACGAACAAUGGAAAAACUUUGAUGAAAGGAAAGAAAUGGCUACAAUUCUAAGCAAGAUGCCUAAACCAAAACCGCCUCCAAAUAGUGAAAGUGACCAGGGUCCAAAUGGAAGUCAGAAUUCUAGCUACAGUCAGUCUUAAGACAUUCCAAAGAAAUGAACUGUGGACCACUUUGGAUUAAGGCACAUUGGGAUCUUUUCAUAUGUGGAAGACAUGGACAGAAGGUUUCAUUGUCUUUUCAGAUAGAACACAAUGUUUCUAUCAAGUGUACAAAAGCUUUUCCUUAAACACACACCCAUUUGAAUUGUGAUACAAGAAUAAUCAAAAACUUUGGAUAUAAAUAAUGAUGUAAUUCAGUAUGGACAGACUAUAGUAAAUUUUGUUAUUUGAAAGAAAUAGUGGUGAGUUAAACAAACUGUGUUGACACAAAGAUGGAUAACUGUGAAUGGAUCUUUCUUGCAACUAUACUUGUUUAACUACGGAAUACAAGAGAUGACUUGAGAAGUUGGAUUUGAGAUCCUAAUUUUCUAGGUAUAUACUUGCCAAUGGAUGUUUCAAGAAUGCACUGCUGUAGUAAAUGCCUUAGAGAAAAGAAAAAAAAUUUCCUUAAAAAGUAUAAAAUGUUGCAUUCCUCAUCUGAAGUUUAAGGAGAUACUCUACAAUACCUGUAGUUUGCUAGAGGAAAUCCAGGAUACUCCCAAAGUGCAAUAUAUAUAAUGAAAACUGUGGCUGUUUUAGGAAAGAAUGUGCUUUAUGUCCUUGACAUAUUUUGCAAUCCAAUCAAGUAAAGAAUCUAACCUAUUUGAGGUUGUAAUGGUGGAUAUGUUGUGUGCUAGAAGUUUCUCUUCUGCUUUCCUUGUUACUAGGAAUGACUUGUCUCUUGAGAAAGCAGAAGCAGUUGAGACUAUGAUUCCAUAAUAAAAUAUAAAUUACUGUACAAAUUAACACAAGAAUCAUUCAAAGACAGGAUGUUCCCUUUUUUAAAUUCAAGGGCCAUAUGCUGUGUUCUUUACUCAGACUUCCCUAUUUAAAAAGGGAUUUAGUCUAGAGCUCUGAAAUAUUCAUGGACUAUUUGUUUGGGACCCUAAAAUGAGUUAAAAGUAGCCUGUCUUUCAGUCUAAAGUAGCUCUCCUCAACAUAAUGCCUUCUAGCUGUAUUAGAUUACUGUUGCCUUCAGACCAACCAACAUGGCCAUGUUAAUGGAGGAUUAGGGAGAUCAAAAUACAGCACAUAGUGAAGGUGCCAGUUGGGAAAGGCUGCUUUAAGAUGGCCUUUCACCCAAGGGAGCAUUAUUCUGCCAUGAUACAAAGGAACAUUGGUUGAAAGAGUAUUGUCAAAUGGUGCUUGUUCUAAAACUUGAUCUAAAAGCAGCAGUGCCUGCCUCUACUUGAGAUGUCACUGAAUUAAGGGUAACCAAAGUGUUUUUGUAUGCAAACGCUUGGGCUCUCUACACUUAAGUGUUGGAAGUUAUUUUUUUACAGAGUGUUUGGAUACUGACUUACAAAAACAAUUGUGAGGAUUUUUUUAAUUUUAGCCUUUUCAUGUUCCCUUUUUAGUUUUGCUAAUUUUGUUGAUGCUGGUCAUGUUGUCCCACACAUUUGCUAACAAUUGGUUAAGGCACCACAUCUGUUGUAUUUUAGAAAUUACUUUGCUAACUUGGGGAUUUCAGCAUUAUUUGUAAUAUGGACUAGCUGCAUAGGAAUAAAACAAUGGAAUUUAA